CUUUAAGUUUUGUCACGCCCCCUUCCACGUCGACCUGCACUCUCGCCAUAUUUUCAAUCGUAGGAAUCCCCACAGCCUGGUUUGCGACUAAGUUCUGGAGCAGAAAACAUUCACACCAGGAAGCAUUACCUGUGAAACUUUAAAGGAGAAAAAGGUGACAUCUGUGUGUGUCAACUUGUUUUGCAACGAUGAACGUCUUCAGACUGACAGGGGACCUCUCUCAUCUGGCUGCUAUCAUCAUCCUGCUACUCAAAAUAUGGAAGAGCAGGUCAUGUGCAGGUAUCUCUGGGAAAAGCCAAAUCCUGUUUGCCAUAGUGUUCACCACACGGUACUUGGAUCUCCUGAGCUCCUUCAUCUCACUCUAUAACACAUGCAUGAAGGUGAUCUACAUCGGUUGUGCGUAUGCCACAGUCUACCUGAUCUAUGCGAAAUUCAGGGCCACCUAUGACGGCAACCAUGACAGCUUCAGGGUGGAGUUCCUGGUUGUACCUGUGGGGGGUCUGGCUGUUCUCAUCAACCACGACUUUUCUUUCUUAGAGAUCCUGUGGACUUUCUCCAUCUACCUGGAGUCGGUGGCAAUCCUGCCUCAGCUUUUCAUGAUCAGCAAGACUGGCGAGGCAGAGACGAUCACCACCCACUACCUGUUCUGCCUGGGCUUGUACCGGGCUCUCUAUCUCUUCAACUGGAUUUGGCGUUUCUAUUUUGAGGGCUUCUUUGACAUGAUCGCAAUCGUGGCCGGCGUGGUCCAGACAGUCCUCUAUUGUGACUUCUUCUACCUUUAUAUCACCAAAGUGCUGAAGGGCAAGAAGCUGAGCCUGCCAGCGUAAAACGUAAGGAGAUGACGACUCCCAGCAGACUCAGGGGGUGUGGAGAUGACUUCAUGGAAUCUCGUGACCUACAGUGACAGAUGCCUGAGACAGAGAGACAACUAUCGGGGAAAAAACACUAGUCUUCUUCUUGAUGAUUGCAGAUUGAACUGGUAAAUGCCAACAAACACCAGAGCUGAACAAAGAUCAUCCCAGGUCAACCUUUGGAUUUCUGUGUUCAGCAUCUUGCCUUAAACUUCUUUUCAUCGCUGUUCAAAUAGGAGAAAAGGCUUUUUUUCAACAUGUGAGGUGUACACGCUUAUUUUUUUAUUUUUUUUAUAAUGUCACAAAUAGGGUCGAUUCUGAGAAAUACCUUGUUUGGCUUGGUAAUGAAAUGCACAAAUGUACAGUCUUAUUAAAGAAUUAGAUGAAGAGUAAUGUAUCUGAGUGCCUGAUGAGGAUUAUGUCACAGUAUUUUUUUCAUUUUUUUUUAAAGUUAGAUAUCUGUUUAGUUUAGAUAACUGUAUGCAUAUACUGUAAUCCAUGUACCCAGUCUUGGAAGCGUUUAUAUAGGCCAACAGCGUGAGUUUUUCACCAUCCAUUUUGUAAAAACUCUGCUUUUUCAAACAUUUUAACUUCUUAAAGUCUAAAGUUAUUUGGAUUAUUAUGAUCUGUAGGUUUUAAGGAAUAACCCAUUCAAUAAAUGACUCUAAUGCUACCAACCUUUUACUAAUAGAUGCCAGUAUUUUGGAAUAGCGGCCAUCUGACUUGGGAUUAAACAUUUCAUGUGUUUACUGAUAUUUUUUCUUUGCUCAGCUUACUGUGUAUAAAAAAUGAAAUGCAUCAGUUGUUCCAAAGCUUUAAUAAAUAUUUCAUACAGUCUUCAAACAAUGCUACGUCACAGUCAGAUGUAGAUACAGCACAAACUUUGUUUCUAUUUAUGCACCUCUGUAUCAACAGUGAUGUGUGAGUUAUCUUAAAGGUGAAAUCAGUGAAGUCAGAGUAAAGCAAUAAUGAAUGACUGAAAAAUAAUAAUGGCUCUAACACUGCGAUGAGAAGGGUGCAGAAGAAGUCAUGGUAUUUGAGUCCAGCACUUUGACUGGUGGCGAUAUUUCAAUCGUUUACUGUAUGUCUCGAGUGUGCGUGAAACAGGUUUGAUGAUGAUGAUGAUGAUGAUGUUCAAUGGGUGCAUUUCUUUUAAAUUCAAAGGCCUCUUGUUAACUUCAGCUCUCUCAAAUGAGUCGUUCCCAAAGGAAUAUUUCAACUUUUUAAUUAUUUUUUUUGCAUGAUAUCACCUCCAUUAAAGAUUUUAUGAGAAUCAUCA